AGCACUCCGAGAAGUGCUGUUGUCUCAGCUCGAGAUGGAGGUCGCAAUGGCAAUGGCUUCACUUGCCAGGAUGAUUUGAGCACAAUCGGAAGAAUUAAUUUUUGGAAUGAAUUCAUUUAAAGAUUGUCAUGAUACCCAAUUGGGUAGAAACACCAGAAAUUUUUUGCAGCAGCACAUGACCUUCUUUCGAGUCCACUUAACUUGCUUUGUUAUUGUGGCAUUCAUCGGGAGCUUGAUCCUAUGGGGUAUCGGCAAUGAGAGAGAAGACAUUCCACCCGGAGGACAAGUAGUCCUCAUGAUCAUGAUGUUGCUGGGCAGCCAAGUUGUGACUUCCACUGUGCCAUUGCUCGUCAAGAAACACCGCUACUGUCGAGUUGCCAGAAUAGCCAUCGAUCCCAGUGACCAUGAACCGGUCGGACCACCAACACCACCGAUCGUAGAGGUUUUGGUUCCAGAAACUUUCUCUCGCUCCGAGCCUCGGGUGGAGGAGCUGCAGCACGCUUCGUCAAAGUGGAGCAUGGUAGCAAAGCGAGGCUCGCAGGUGCUCGAGAAACUCGGCAGCAAGAUCAAGCGCAGAGCCGAGGACGAGGCCUGGAUGGCCGAGAUGGCUACCAAGCGGCAGGCCGAGCACUUGACAGAAGUUUUCCAGGAGCACCAGGCCACCAUCGUGCUGAUCCGGAUCAUCGUCAUCUAUGGAGUUUUGGUUCAUCUCAUGGGGUUCUUCAUCGCCUGGCUGAGCAUUCUCUGCGGACGGCCAUACCCCAGGAACUUGAUCCGGCACAAAAAGAAGACCAACCUCGGAUUCUUCUCGCUCUUUGCAGUGGUCUCGGCAUUUUGCAACGUAGGAUACAUCGCUUCCAGCGAGAACUUGAUGCCUUUCAACUCGUCGCUGGUCCUGCUGCUCGACAUGAUCCUGCUGAUCAUGCUCGGCAACGGAAUUUACCCACCGUGUCUACGAGGAAUCAUCCGACUGCUCCAUCACUUCUCCAAAGGCAAUACAAAGCAAGCGUGUGAGUUCCUGCUCGACCAUCCCCGCAAGUGCUACACGCAUCUCUUUCCUCCCAACACGACGAGGUGGCUGCUCAUCUCCUUUUUCGGAUUGAACGGGUUUGAGAUUUGCGUCAUCUACAUCCUCGACUGGAACUCCACAGCCUUCGACGGCCUUGAUACUGGUGAGAAGAUCGUUAACGGCAUCUUUCAGUGUGUCAACACUCGUAGCGGCGGCAUGAACUCCGUCGCCAUCACAGGUCUUUCGCCCACAACGCUCUUCAUCUUUGCUGUCAUGAUGUACGUUUCGGCUUACCCCGUCUUCUUAUCCCGGCAAGCCACAAGACAAAAGUCCGUCGACGACGAGGGCGCCAUCUCUCACCUCUCAGCCCGCAAGCAGCGUGACAUCCUCGACACCACCCUCGCGACACAAUUCCGGAGGCUCCUCGCUCAGGACACGGCGUAUCUCUUCCUCGCAACGUUCUUCAUUUGCGUCUCAGUGAACCACGGCCUCAAACACGAUCCACUCAACUACAACAUCUUCAGUGUCGUCUUCGAGAUCAUCAGUGCUUACGGUGGCGUGGGACUGUCGUAUGGAUAUAGCUGCAGCUUGAGGACGGAGCCCGGUUACUGUGUGGACGAGCCCGUGAGCUUCUCAGGCAAGUGGGGAGUUACUCCCAAAAUCAUCAUGAUCGUAGUCAUGCUCCUCGGCAGGCACCGAGGCCUCCCUGAUAACAUUGAUUCCGCAAUUUUACUCCCCGAGCAGAAAUUCAGCAACAUAAUGAGAAGGCAGACCAGUGAAUGAGAUGGAAAAAUCUACCUCUCCAAAGCUCUUCCACGUACAAUCCCACCUUUGAUGGCCUGGAUAAUCAAGCAUACGUGUUCCGUGACGAGAGCCAUACACGCAGCAAGCAGCCACUCCACCGAGAUUGGCAUGACAUGGAGGAGCUCUUGGGCCUGGCGGUUCCUGCAAGCACAUCGGCCAAGUAGUAGCAUUGAUCCCAUAGUCAGUGAUGGAGGAUGCGAAGCACUGCAUGGCUGAUUGGAUCUCUCCCCUGGCUACACUCAA